CCCUAUGCCUGGAUCCUGGCUGCCCCUCUUCUGGAACUUCUGUUGACGGCUCAAAUCGUUCGAACCUACAUUCUGGUCAGAAAUCAGCCUGGAAAAUGCCAGACCAACAGCACCCCGAUGUGCAGCGUCCUCCAACGCCCGAAGAAAGAUCCAAUGCUCGGGAAUCAGCCAACCCAGUAGAUUCAACGCCAAAGUUCGAGCUGGAUAAAGUAGCCUGGAUUAUUAUUCCCAAAAAAGGUGCCUGUGAAAUCACAAUCGUAAAUCGGAAGAAAGAGGAUGGAAAGUUUUUCUAUCAGGUCAGGGGGCUUGAUGGCGUGCUGUACCAAAAAGGGAAGUGGGUGCCACAAGCAAAACUCACGGAAGCCUGAUGUGUGUACAGUUCAGGCUGCAUAUUUGGCUGCAUUGCUCCUCCUCCUCCUCCUGCUCCUCAUUCGCACCCGCUGGCUGCGCCGUAUAACAACAGCCAGAACUUACAUA